GCGCUGCCCCGUGUCACCCGCUGCCGGCACACCCCGGCUGCCUUACGGAGCGCCGGCCGGAAUCUGAGAGAGCGAGGGAAGGCGCCCGGCCCGCACUUCGCCGCUCUCCGCCCGCAAUCGCCCGGGACACCCGCCGCCACACCGACACCGACACCGACAGCGGCCGCCGGCGCCGGCGCCGCGCCAUGGCGCUCGCAAGGCAAGUGCUUUGUGUGUGUGCUUUGCUGGGGCUGCCGCUCGCUGGCGCCGAGCCCAUCCGCUACUCCGUAGCCGAGGAGGCGGAAAGCGGCUCCCUGGUGGGCGAGCUGGCCGAGGACGCGGGGCUGACGCCGGCGCAGCUCUCGGCUCGCCGCGCUCGCCUGGUCUCGGAGGACGGCCGCCAGCAUUUUCGCUUGGAGCGCGCCUCCGGCCGCCUCGUCGUGGCGGGGAGGCUGGACCGGGAGCAGCUGUGCGCCCACUCCGACACCUGCAUGCUCCCCUUCGAGCUGCUGCUCUCCAAUCCUCUGCAGUUCUUUCGGGUCGAGGUAACCUUGCAGGAUAUCAAUGACCAUUCCCCAAUUUUCCCCGAGGAACGAGUCAGUUUUAAGAUCGUGGAGAGGAGCGACCCGGGCUCUCGUUUCCCACUGGAGGCUGCUCAGGACCUAGAUAUUGGCCGCAACACAGUCCAGGAGUACAGCAUCUCUCCCGAGAAUGAGUAUUUCAGUGUCUCCUAUGGAAGUGGGACUAAUGAUGACAAAUACCUUGAACUUGUUUUGGAAAAGGCACUAGACAGAGAGGAGCAGGCAGAGAUGGGUUUCAGUGUUAUUGCAAUGGACGGGGGCACUCCUCCAAGGAGUGGGACCAUCGAGAUCUCUAUUAUCGUUCUAGACGUGAAUGACAAUGCUCCCCUAUUCACACAAGAGCGUUACACUGGGAAGGUUUUAGAAAACAUGCCAGAAGGCUCAGUGGUGCUGACUGUGCUGGCAACUGAUCCAGAUGCAGGAGUUAAUGGGGACGUUUCCUAUCAACUCAGCCAAACAGUGGGACAAAGCAAGUCAGGGUUUGUGAUUGAUUCCAUAACUGGUGAAAUUAAAAUCACAAAAACUCUGGACUUUGAGGCAACACAGCAUCAUGAAAUCCGUGUGAGGGCAACAGAUGGUGGAGGCCUUUCAGCAAUUUGCAAGGUGUUGGUGGAGGUGGUGGAUGUGAAUGACAAUGCCCCAGAGCUGGUGGUCAGUUCCUUCAGCAGUCCCCUCCCCGAGAACACAGUGCCCGGCACGGUGGUUGCCCUGUUUACGGUCAGGGACCGGGAUUCUGGUGCCAACGGGAAGAUCUCCUGUGCCCUGCAGGAUCAGCUCUUCUUCUCCCUGCGGCCAGCCUACAAGAAUUACUAUGAGCUGGUGACGGUGAGCGCGCUGGACCGCGAGGAGACGCCUCAGUACAUCCUCAGUGUGACGGCAGCAGAUGCGGGCUCGCCUCCUCUCACCAGCACGCACACCUUCACCGUGGACAUCUCCGACGUCAAUGACAAUGCCCCCGUCUUCGACCAGACCUCCUACACCAUGUACGUGCGUGAGAACAACGUGCCCGCGGUGUUUGUGGGAGCCGUGAGCGCUGCAGAUGCUGACGUGGGGCUGAAUGCCAAGGUGACCUAUUCCCUGGCAGCAGAGCAAGGGCCAGAGCAGGCCUGGUGCUCGUGCAUCUCGGUGAACUCGGAGAAGGGACACGUGUUUGUGCUGCGGCCCCUGGACUACGAGCGCUUGAGGCAGACCGAGGUGACGGUCAGUGCCUCUGACGCGGGCUCUCCUCCGCUGAGAGCCAACGUCACCGUGCGCCUGGUGGUGCUGGACGAGAACGACAACGCCCCGCUCGUGCUCUACCCGGCCCAGGAGAGCGGCCCGGCCUCCAGUGAGCUGGUGCCCGUGUCGGCUGAGGCGGGCUACCUCAUCAGCAAAGUGGUAGCCGUCGAUGCCGAUUCGGGACAGAACUCGUGGCUCUCCUACCACCUGCUCAGGGCCACCGACCCAGGCCUGUUUUCCGUGGGCCUGCAAAGCGGCGAGGUGCGUCUCAGGAGGCCGGUGACAGAGAGAGACAGCGUCAAGCACAAGCUGGUGGUGCUGGUCAGAGACAACGGCAAGCCCCCGCUGUCAGCCACGGCAGCUCUCAGCGCUCUCCUGCUCAAGGACUUCUCCGACGUGCGCCUGCUGCACAGCAGCCCGGCCAGCCAGGAUCAGGCCGCUGCCUCCCUGACCACCUAUUUAAUCAUUGCCUUGGUCUUUGUCUCCCUCCUCUUCCUCAUCUCCACGGCAGUGCUGCUGGCUCGCAAGGUGUGCAGGAGGAAGGAGCUGAAGGCUGGCCAUGUGCUCUAUGCUGCCGACACCUUGCAGAGCGGCCUGGCAGAUGCGGCCGCUGCAGGGACCCUGCCCCGCGCCUAUUGCUACGAGAUCAGCCUCACCACGGGCUCGGGCAACAGCGAGUUCAGAUUCCUCAAGCCCAUCCUGCCCAGCCUGCCCCCACAGCACUGCGCCGUGGGCCAGGGCCCCGAUGAGGAACAGGAUUUCCCCGGUGUCCCUGUCAGCAGCAAGGACAUGGCCCCAGACAAUGCUGGCACUCUCUCUGCAGGACAGUUCAACGCUCUUUCCUUUGACUAGCGGCGGUAUGACAGUCAGAGUCUUCAUUGCACUUCGGAGAACGGGACCUGGACCACAGUGUGUGACAAUGCUGUCUUUAUAGAAAUUUGCAUUUUUCAUUGGUUUGCCCAGCUUCUUGCAAAUUCUCUUUGAAAUCAAUGUCUGAUACUGAAAAAGCAUUGAAUGGAAAUAAAAUAAGCCAAGGUUAUCUUGCUUUGUUUUUAACGUGUUUCACCUUUGCUACUGCCUUUUCUAAGAAGCUGAUGUAUGUGGUUCGUUCUCAAUCUAUGAUCUGCAUUCUCCUGCUGUCUAACAAGACUGAGGAUCUUUUUAUUCUGAUCUUUAAGGCAGUAUCUCCAUUCACCAAACAAAUCAUAUCCUCACUGAUAUCCAAAAAAGAAUUUCCCACAUCUGGAAAACCAGGAAGAUUUGAGUUCUGGGUCACAAUGUCAAAUGAGGGCUAGGCCCUUUCUUCCCUGGAUUCUGGGUGUCUCUGUCUGAGAUGUGAGCUCUGUGUGCUUUGCUUUCUUGACACUAUCUUUGUCCAUGCAGACACUGAAUAUCUACAGAUGCUUCAGUAGUGCUGUCUGGUGAACCAGGGAGUUGCUCCCACCCAGCCACUGCAACACAGGCAAUGCCAGCUCAGCAGGGAAGGAGGUGAUUUGGACCCUUUCACAACAGCAGUCUCAUCUUCCUUAUCUAGUUUAGAGCAGAGCAGCAAAACGCACAAAAAGUUUCUUUUGGCAUACAAGAAGGCCCAGGAUGUUCUGUCACUUCAGAAUUGCCUUGGAAUUACAGGAGCACAAACAGUGUUAGAGUAGACUGUAACUGAACAGAAUUGUAGAGACAUAUUCAUAGUCAAAUGCUGCAUUGAAGAAAAAAUUCACAUAUACUAAAUCACAAUUUAUGUAAGACAGAGUGAAGAAGAGCUUCAAAAGAAAAGAUAUUGAGUUUAGUCUUUUCAUUGUUGUUCCUGAAUCCCAAGGCUUCUUGAUGGCACUAGAAAGCUGUCCCCAUAUGAUUUUCUGUGUUUGUAUCAGAGCAUUUACAUUCCCACAUUUGCACUUUCUGCUCUGAAAUGUACUGAGCACUGUA